UCGGUCGUUGGGUCCUCCUCGUUCUCCAAAAAGCUUCGCCUACUCAGUCUCAACUUCCAGACGUGGCUUGUCAAAGAAAUUCUCAAUUGUCAAGAAUAUUUCGGUAGUUAUAACCUAUCGGAAAAUCAACGACGUAAAUAAGGUCACCCUUAAACUCAAUUUGAAACCAAUUCAAACGGUUCUCUGUACGUACGUACAUUUAUAAUAUUAAUUUGAAUUAAAUACAAUAGUGCAUGUGCUUUGUGUGGGCGACUUUAUACAUUAGUGGGAUUCCCUAAAAUUGGACCCAUAAGUCACAUGCAUAAGCUGUUGCAUAACUUUAGAAAAACUAACUUUUUGUAAGCUAAACGGAAUGAAAUGUCAUCUGACUUUGUCGCUGAUCUACCAACCCUUGAGUUGCUGCAUAUAAAUUGUGUUGCAUAAAAUAAUCCUGUGUGACAGUGAGACAGUGAGGUGUAUGACAUCACAAUUACGACAGUGUUUUAUUGCGUGGCUUAGAUGAACAAUUUAUAAGUGUACAGCAAGUAAAAGGUCAGCACAUUUUUAACAAAAACUUGCACUUCAAGUAAUAGCAGAUAUCAGCCACAGACAUCCACAUGCCAUUUCAAGCUCUAACUUAAUUGUUUAAAGACUGGAAAGGUUUGAGAGACCACUUUGUAACGGACAACCACAAAAUUAAUACAUUUAUAAAAUCUGAUUAAGAAGGUUUAGUGAAAGCCAACACACUCCGCAAGAAGCUGGUGAACCAAUAAAUUUAAAAACUUUGGGGUGACGUCCGUAUGUUUGAAAUCUGCCAACUUUUUAGGGGGCUGAUAACUUUCUCGGUGGAAGAUUUGCAACAUUUAUUCACUCAACUCAAACCAAAAAGUCAGUGAAGCAGAACUCAAACUUGGUGCAAGUUUCCAUAUUCCAUAAUUUCCCCUCCAGUGAAAGUGAAAAUAAAAGUGGCAAGUUAUAGAAGAAAGCAGGCAAACUACAAUUUCUCAUCGGUUUGAAUGAGCCAAGAGAAAGCUGUCGUUCCAUUUACACAGGCCUUGUGACAUUGCCACACUUUCAAGACCGAGCAGAAGACCGGGAAGUAGAAGAGUACAAAAUUGCGGAGAAAAUCAAACCUUUUGGAAGUCUGGAGAGAAUUUUGGGCUGGAUCAGAAUCUGAGUGGAUCGUGAAGGGAAACCCAGGGAGUCGAAGUUUGGCCGGUGUACAUACAUACGUACCGACAGACUCUGCUUUUACCAACUACUUGGUGUGUCUUGCAUCAAAUGUGCCUAAAGGGUCUCGGUGUGAAGACGAAGCUCAGGAACCAGAGUUGAGAUGGAUGGAUGGAUUUUCCAGUUCCUGUCGACUCUCCUCUUCUCCUGGGUCCUGCUCCCAUCACACAUCUACGGAAUUGGCGACACGCAUUUGUGCUCCACACCGCUGUCCAAGGAUAUCCCUGACGCCGCAUUGUCAGCCAGCUCGUAUUAUGUGAACCUAGUCGGACCGCACCAAGCCAGGUUGAAUAAUGAGGAGGCGGGUGGAGCUUGGUGUCCUAAGGAACCCAUAUCAGCCGGAGCUAGAAAGCGAGAGUGGCUUCAGAUAUCCCUUAAUGAGACACAUCUCAUCUCUGGUGUCCAAAUCCAAGGACGUCACGGCAAAGGGACGGGUCAGGAGUUUACGGAGGAGUUUGAAGUGGAGUACUGGCGAGAAGGAUUCCAAGCAUGGAGAAAGUAUUACAGAUUCGACUCAAAGAAGAUAUUUCCUGGAAACUCGGACACUGUUACUGCCGUUACUGCCAAAUUGAGACCUCCACUUAUUGCAAAGAUGAUUCGAAUUCUCCCAUAUUCGAAAGGUGUGCGGACCGUUUGCAUCCGCAUAGAGCUUCUUGGAUGCCCUUGGAAAGGCGGACUGAUCCAGUACACGGUGGAGCAAGGGUCCACUUUUUCUGAAGGAAUCUCCCUCCGUGAUGACUCGUACGAUGGUCAGGGAGGAAGUAAAUGGGACAAGAGCGUAGAGUCGUCGUCACAACUGGGGGAUUACAAUGAGCAGCAUGCUGGCUCCCAAAACAGCUUUCAGAUCGUUCACCAACCUGAUUCGCCUAAUCUUGGGUUGUACUUUGAUGGGGAAAGCAGUGGGCCAGUGAUGUUGACGGGUGGACUGGGACAACUAUCAGACACAAUUGAAGGGGCCAAUUCUUUUACGAUGGACAUUGGAUACGGACUUGGAAACGGUUGGGUGGGAUGGAGAAAACCGGAGGAAGGAAAAGACUGGUUGGAGGUCCAAUUCGAGUUUGAACAAGUCCGGAAAUUUUCUUCCCUGGAUCUCUUUUCGAAUAACUUUCCUUCUAAAGGAGUUCAGAUAUUUGCAAGAGCUAAAGUGUACUUUAGUGUCGGAGGAGUGUACUUUAAUGGGAAACCUGUGACAUACGUCCCCAAUGUUGACGUCGCUGCAGACUUCGCCCGUAAUUUUACAAUUCCGUUGGAUAGAGUUGCAAGGUUUAUAAAAGUACAUCUUUACUACCGAACUUCAUGGAUCGUCUUGGGCGAGGUCUACUUUCACUCAGAGAUUUACGAGGGAAACUAUACCCAGGAACUGGGGCCAGAUGUACAACUGGAUUUCCCCGACACUCACUCAAUGGAAAUAGGAGACUUGGACUCAUCGAUGGUGGAGACGGUGGUGGGGAUCAUCACGGGACUUAUCCUCCUCGUGGGCAUCGUCAGUGGAGUCAUCGUCUGGAUGCGACGAAGUGGGCGCAACAUUUCCUCUGCCUUCCACUUCCAGGGGGCUGGUGCCUUCCCCUGGAGAGCAAACUGGUCCUCCCACAUCCCCACCCACAUUGUCGCCCAAACUAACCCCACCACCGAAGGGGUGAAAGAUUUAAUCUUAACCCUCACACCUGGUAAUGGAGGUGGCACCGUCGUCGUAAAUGGUGACUUCAAAGCCCAUAAUCUGCCCUCGUACACAAAUGGAACUGUGUCCAAGCACUCUAAUGGAUUGCAGCUUCAAGGUACACAAUUCAACAACUACGGGUCUACGAAAAGACUUGCUGACUCUGGGCGCAAAACCGUGGCGGACAGUGGCACCAAUAACGGCAUCGUUAGUCACAAUCACGGAAGCCCGACGAAAGUGACCUUACGGACCAAUCAAUUAGCAGCCCUAGAUGAGAAUGCGGAUUAUGGAGAGGGUGAAAAUGAAAAUAUUUACCAUGAAGCUUGCACGCUUACAAUCAGUAGUGCCACCAAGAGUCGGAAUAAAAAGAUAAAAGUGGCCAGCUCAGUGUGGAAUUUAAGUUCUGGAGGACGGUCUUAUCGACCUGGCCGUGGACGAGUCCCUGAUGUGUCAUUGAGACAAUUAAGAUUGAUUGAAAACCUCGGGUCCUGCUUACACGGGCAGGUUCAUCUCUAUGACUUUGAAGGAGAAAUUGCUUGUCAUGAAGGAACGAUGUAUCGCAAUUGUCGUCUCAUUGGGAAAACCAUUAAGAACCUGGCUGAGAUCCGACUGUUGAGUCUUUUGGACCAUGAACACAUUUUGGAAACGGUGGCUCUCUGCAGCGAGAUGAAGAAGCCGCUGCUGUGUCUCUUCAUCGCUCCGGAAUGCGGCGAUUUAUGUUCCUUCCUCUCAAGACUAACCAACACCCCCAGCUUGAGUUGGCUGCUCAGUGCUGCCAGCCAAAUUGCAUCUGGAAUGAACUACCUGGAAUCUAUGAACAUCACGUUCGCCGAUUUAUCUGCCAGGAAUUGUAUGGUUGAGAGGGAAGGGUCUAUCCGGAUUGCCGAUCUGGCGAUGGCCUGUGAGCAGUAUCAAGACGAUUACUGUCCAACGCCGAAUGGUUUAGCCCCUUUGCGAUGGUGGUCUUGGGAGAGCAUUUUGAGCGAGGAUUUUACCAUGCAAGGCUCCGUUUGGUCUUUUGGAGUGACGCUAUGGGAAAUUCUUACGCUCUGCAGACAAAAACCCCUUGCACAUAUUCCUGAUCAUCAAAUCACAACUCUUGCAGAGAAAUAUGGCUCAACGGCAACUAGCCAGCAAGUAUGGCUUCCUCAACCACUGCUUAGCCCCCCAGAAAUAUUCGAUCUGAUGAGAGAGUGUUGGCAAGUCAAUCCAGCACAACGGCCAACCUUCCAACAUCUCUCCCUCUUUCUGGAACAAAAGUGUAGCACCUCAAUUUACCAUGCUGUUUGCUAACCUAAAAGUAUGAAAAUUGUGUAUGGCAGAUAAUUCCUAAGAAUAAAUCAGAUGUAUACUUUGACUAUAAGAUUUGUACACAAAAGCAAUUACAUACAUACAUAUUUACCGAUUGCAGUAUAAAUAAGAUGCUUUAGCCUCAAGAUUUUCUACGAUAUGAAAAUUAAAUAGGCAUUUUGCGAGAUUUGUAUACACACAAAUGUAUGUAGGAUGCCUUCAGAAUGAUGAGGGAGUAAAGUGUAUAUCUUUUAGCAGACAAAUCAAGCUGUUUUGAAAACCUUAACUUUGAAACUUGGAUUAAUUACGGUGGGUGCUGAAUAAUGAAUACUUUUUUUCAUUUUUCGUAUGCUCCCUCUCAUUGUAAUAGGUUGUGAUUCUAAGAGUAGCUUAAAAUAUGAUACCUCACUCGUGCAGAUAUCAUCUAUAUAAUAUAUAUAUGUAAGAUGUAUGUAGGCGAUAUAUAUGUAUAUGUAUGUAUGUCCUAUCCGGGUGUGGUGUGUACCGAAUUAAUUAUAAUAUAAUACGUGUUAGCCUAAAAUAAAUCAAUUGAAUAAAAUUUGUACGUUAUGAUGUGGAA